AAAUUAUUCUAAGAAAAAAAAAAAGAGAAGGAGAGAGAGAGAACAAUGGAUUUCUACAAUUUAGCCUUGUUCUUCAUAGCUUUAGUAAUUGGGAUUUUCACAUUUUAUGCUAUAUUAAUGAGAAUUAAUGGUUGGUAUUAUGCAAUCAAAUUUUGUUCAAAGAAAUAUAACAUCCCUCUUGGUUAUAUGGGUUUGCCAUAUUUUGGCAACACACUUUCUUACUUCAAAUCUUCCAUUUGUGGUGAUCCAAAUUCAUUCCUUGAUUUCUUUGCUACUAGGUUUGGGACAGGAGGAAUGUAUAGGGCAUACAUAUUUGGGAAGCCAACAAUUAUGGUGACAAAGCCAGAAAUAAUUAGAAAAGUUUUAAUGGAUGAAGAAUAUCUUGAAAGAGGUUUGCCUAAUUAUAUGAAAAAAUUAAUUGGAUUAACAACUUCGAUUGAAGAAGAUAAAUAUUUUCGUCGAUUAACAGCUCCAGUAAAAAGUCAUGGAUUAUUAUCCGAUUAUUUUGAUUAUAUCGAUAAAACUGUGAGAACUACAUUAGAGAAAUACGCUACUACGGAAGAACCUAUUGAGUUUCUCCAUAAGAUGCAUAGGCUUCCAUUUGAGGUGUUUAUGAGACUUCUUAUUGGUGAUGAGGUUAAUCAAGAACUUUUUGAUCAAAUGUUUGAGGAGAUUACUGCUGUAAUUCGUGGUGUUCACAACUUGCCAAUUAAUCUCCCAGGAUUUGCUUAUCAUAAGGGACUCAAGGCUCGAAAAGUACUAGGAGGGAUAUUUCAAAAACUAAUAGAUGAAAGAAGAGAAGCCAUGAAGGAUGGAAAAUCAAUGCCAAGGGCAAACAUAAUUGAUAUGUUGUUAUCAAACACUAAUCAAGAUUAUGAAGCCAAUAUAUUGAGUGACAAGAAGAUCAUUGAAAUCCUAGUUUUGUUUUCAUUUGCUGGUUUUGAACCUGUUGCUCUUAUGUCUGUCAAGGCAAUUUUUCACUUGCAAAAGCAUCCCCAUUUCUUGGAGAAAGCCAAAGAGGAACAAGAGGAAAUAGUAAAGAGAAGAGCAUCUUCAAAUGCUGGACUUAGUUUUGAUGAGAUUAGACAAAUGACGUUUGUUAGUAAGGUAAUUAAUGAAACGUUACGUAUUGCUAGUGAUCAAACGGUAUUCCUUAGAGACACAAGUACUACUUUUAACAUAAAUGGGUACACCAUACCCAAAGGGUGGAAGUUUUUUGCAGUUGUAUGGAAUAUUCAUAUGAAUCCUGAUGUUUAUGUUCAGCCUAAGGAAUUUAAUCCUUCAAGAUGGGAUGAUAUUGAAACUAAGCCAGGCAUUUUUCUUCCUUUUUCAAUGGGCCCCAAAUCAUGCCCCGGAUCCAAUCUGGCCAAGCUUCAAAUUUCAGUAAUUCUUCAUUAUUAUCUUCUUCACUACAGGGUUGAGCAAAUUAAUCCAGAGGCUAGAUGUUAUCCUCCUGAAAAUUGUCUUGUGAAAUUCAAGAAGCUCUCACUCUCUAGUGAUGGUAACUAAUUUUAAUCAUUGUGUUACAAAUAAAUAAUUCAUGUUGUAAUCUUGAAAACAAUAAGUGUAUUGAAUAAUUAUUAAAUUGGAUGUUUUUGUAGAACGUUUAAUCCAGUU